GUUCAGAGCUUUCAACUGACCCUGCUAUUUUUGUCAAAGGCUUUCUGGCUUUAAAUCCUAGGAUGAUUGAAUUUCCAUGACAGAAGCAAUAUUUUUGUUUCCUUAGAUUAACCUCUCCACCUCUCCUACACCUGCACAGAUAAUAAGCCGUUCACAGACCUCCAACACCACCAGCAGCAGUAUUACCCAGCAGACUAUGUUGCUAGGGAGUACCUCUCCUACCCUGAGUGCAAGCCAGGCUCAGAUGUAUCUCCGAGCACAAAUGCUAAUUUUUACCCCUGCUACCACUGUGGCUGCUGUUCAGUCUGACAUUCCUGUUGUCUCAUCAUCUUCCUCAUCUUCCUGUCAGUCUGCAGCUGCUCAGGUUCAGAACUUGACGUUGCGCAGUCAGAAGUUGGGUGUAUUGUCAAGUUCACAGAACGGUCCACCAAAAAGCAGCAGUCAAACUCAGUCGUUGUCUUUGUGUGCUAACAAACCUGUAACCAGCACCAAGGGCAUCCAACCAGAAUCCUCAGACAGCAGUAGAAAAGGUGAUAGCCCAGCGCCGGAGUGUCGGAGUACACCAGUCACACGGACAUCGAGCAUACAUCAGUUAAUAGCACCAGCUUCAUAUUCUCCAUUACAACCCCAUUCUCUAGUAAAACAUCAGCAGAUCCCACUUCACUCACCACCUUCCAAAAUUUCCCAUCAUCAGCUGAUACUGCAGCAGCAGCAGCAAGUCCAGCCGAUCGCACUUCAGGCUCCUUCUGGCCAGGAGCCCCCUCCAUCACAGCACUGUCUACCACUCCCAAACCAUAGUCUUCCUCCAGCUCCUGUCAGUGUGCAGCCUCACUGCUCACCUAUUCACAUCCAUCCUCCACCUCUAACACUAUCUCCCACUCCAUCCCAGUCAGCUCAGCAGUCAGUAGUGGUAUCUCCUCCACCUUCUCACUCCCCUAGUCAGUCACCCACAAUAAUUAUUCAUCCUCAAGCACUUAUCCAGUCACAGGCAAACUCCCUUGUGCCAGCAGCUCUUCAGGCAGAGCAGUCUGCCCCUCAGCAAGCUACUACCAGUCCAGUGCGACCAGUUGCACAGCCACUUAAUCUUCCGUCGCACCUCCCACUUCCACCUUCCCCUGCUGUACACAUAGGAUCAGUGGAUCAGCCCAGCUUGGUUUCCCCAGGCCAGCAGAUAGUGUCCUCCACACCGCACCAGCAAUAUUCAGCCUUGCAGUCCACACCUAUCCCUCUUGCAGCUCCUCCACAGCUGUCAACAUCUUCAACCCAGAUACAACAACUGCCGUUGCAAUCUGUACAGUCUUUACAAGUGCAGCCUGAAAUUCUAUCUCAGGGCCAAGUUUUGGUUCAAAACACUUUGGUUUCUGAGGAAGAACUUCCUGCUGCAGAAGCUUUGGUCCAGCUGCCAUUUCAAACUCUUCCACCACCACAGACUGUUGCAGUAAAUCUUCAAGUUCAGCCAUCAGUACCAAUUGAAACUCCAGUGAUUUACCAAGUGGAGAAUGUAUGUGAAGAAGAGAUGCCUGAAGAGUCUGAUUGUGUCAAUAUGGUUAGAACACCUACGCCACCGACCUUGUCUCCUCCAGCAGUAACCUUGGGGAAUGGAGAUGCACUUAAUUCAGAAGAGCCUUUGUCGGAGCACGCAGGACUACCUUCAGUGGCAUCAUCAGUCAGUGCCUCAGUAAUUAAAUCUCCAUCUGAUCCUUUGCAUGCCUCUAUCCCGCCACCACCUCUUCUGCUUCCAGCUGCAACAACGAGGAGUAGCAGCACGUCAAUGCCCAAUAGCAUUCCUAGUCUAGAAAACAAACCUCCACAGGCUAUUGUUAAACCACAGAUCCUGACUCAUGUUAUUGAAGGCUUUGUGAUUCAGGAGGGGUUGGAACCAUUUCCUGUAAGUCGUUCAUCUUUGCUGGUAGAACAGCCUGCAGAAAAAAGAUUGCUAGUGGAGGGUCAAAUCAUGAGUGUUAUGUGUGUUGAAUCAGACUUGCAGAAUACAAAACAUGCAGACAACUCAUCGGACACAGAGAUAGAGGAUAUGAUUGCAGAAGAGGGCCUGGAUGAAAUUGAAAAUGAACUCCUGAAGUGUGAAUUUUGUGGAAAAAUGGGAUAUCCUAACAAGUUUCUACGAUCAAAACGAUUCUGUUCUACAUCCUGUGCUAAAAGGCACAGCCUUAGUUGCACUAAGAAAUUUGGGCUGUUUGCAUCAGACAAGACCAGUCGUUGGAAUCGGAAGUCAGAUAGCCAAAGUCUUGGGCGACGCGGGCGUCGACCGAGUGGCCCUGAUGGGGCACCACGAGAUCAUUUUCUUAGACAGCUUCCAAUUACCUAUCCGUCUGCAGAGGAAGAUAUGGCUUCUCAUGAAGAUGCUGUUCCAACUGCGAUGACCACCCGUCUGAGAAGACAGAGUGAGAGAGAGAGAGAACGUGAACUAAGGGAGCUAAGAAUUAGGAAAAUGCCAGACAGCAUUAACUUGUUACCAGUGGUGCAGUCAGACCCUUCGGUAUGGACUGUUGAUGAAGUUUGGGCCUUUAUACAUUCUUUGCCUGCACAAAUCCCGUGUUGAUAGAACUAGUCCCACUUCUGCUGUUGCACCCCAGCUGAUGGAGACAGACUAGAGGUGUUCUUCCCUUCAGUCUGAUUUUUCUCAAGAGGUCAGUAGAGAGAUCAGACAUGCUUCUUCCCCUUUAUGUUUAUUUCUUCACUUCCCUCCUUACUGCUUAUUCAGAAGAAGCAAGAAGGAAGACCUGUGAAAAAUUUGAAAGGCUUAUCGUGAUACAAAUCACUACAAAGGAAUAACCAGGUUUCUUCGAUAAAGCUUAAUUUUGUUUUGUUUUGCUGAAAUGGAGAAUCCCUAUAUAGGUUAUAUACUCUUAUGAUAAAAGACAAAAAAAGUAGUAUCUGAGUCUCAGAAAAACAUCUUGUUUCUCCUUAUUUACACACGUCCUUAGCUCAGUAUUCAUGCUUGUCUUUUUAUCAUCUUCAGGUUAUUUGGCAUUUGUUUGUUUAUCAUUUCCUGAUUAUCAUAAGCUUUGAAGUUUUACACCCCAGCCUUUCCCAGGAAUGCCAUUCCAUCUGAUCAGAUAUUGUAACCCUUCCAGAAGACAAGACAGGUCUCCAUAAUAACAGUCAUCUGAGAAUCUUUGUUGUUUACCCAUAUAACUCGCAUGUCUAAACAUUGAAACCUAGCUUAGACUUCUUCCUAAUUUUCUACUAUUUUCUGGAAUGUUGAACCAUUUUGCUGUGUAUCCAUUAGGCUAAUAACCUGAAAGAAGUGUACCCUUAUUUGCUGAAACACAUGCAUGUGUAUGGCCAGCUAAUUUUUUUUAACAUAGGUCACACAAAAAAUUGAAUUAGAGAUGUUUUAAAUCAACCUUUCUUCUGAUGGUUUAUAAAUUAUAGUUAAGGUAUGUUAUCUGCAUCUGGGAACUUUUGUGAUGUCUGAGAAACAAGUGAAGUUCCUUAGGUUUAAGGCAAUGUAUUUCUGUGUUUUACUGGUGUUACUGGAAUAUGACGACAUUGCUGCUGUCUGUAUUUUACUGGUUUUAUACUAUGGAAACUCCAGUUAACUCCAGAACCCCCUGAUCCCAGGUUCUACAAAAGAAUAAAGGAUUGUUUGUGUCUUAAAAAUGUAACACGUUAUAAACACAAUUCAUUUGCAAGCAUGAAAACAAAAAUAUUAUCCUUAAAAUGUGGUUUCUAUUUUGAAACAAUUACUUAUAGAAUGUUUUGUCAACUGCUGAAUAUUUUCUAUUUGUUUUGCAAAUGAGUUAAUCAUUGAAUUUCAACACUUGAUUUUUUUAUGUACACAAUGAAAAAUUAUUAGUUACUAAUUUCUAUCCACAUUAAGACCAAGUUCCUCUUUAGAAAAAAAAAUUAAAAUAUUCACAGCCUGUCAGAAUUUUUCUGUUGCAUAGCUACAUUUGUAUUUUGGCACUUGGGAGUUUUAUUCUGUCAGCUUCUCUAUUUCAGAAAUGUUAGGGACAUCCAUUUUAAUUUCCUGCUUGUUUUCAGUCUGUAAGCUGAGUUCGAGCUGUAGCAUCAAGUGUCCUCAUCAGAAUUCUGAAUGCCUCUGGAGUCUUGGAAGAAUGUAGAUAGCAGGGCGGUUCUACUGUUACGUCCUCUCCGUGAAAGGGCCAGCAGCAGUCUAAGCCCCAGCAGAGCAGCUCCUUCCUUCUUUCUGUAGUUGCAAGGUUAAUGUUCUCUUCCAUGUCUCCCCUUUCUUAAGUAACUGCACAACUAAUUGCAAAAACAGCCAGGUCUGAUUGGAGGGGAUACUGAAGUCCAUUCAACUUCCAUCUUUUGUUUUUCCAAAGUGACUUUGAGGAAAGGUUGUGGGUUUUUAAAGAAAAGCAAGUGCAUAAAGCAAGUCCUGUUUAAAAAGAAAAACAAGGCCUCAAAAACGAAUGUUCUGUCUUUUAGGACGAUUUUUGUUUCUAAAUAUAAACGCUUCUCUUGUAAGUGGUGUGCCCUGACAAUCACCGUGCUCUAGUCUCAUGUUAGACAAACCACAAUACCUAUCACAGGAAAUACUUGGCCUACACAGGCUUUGUGAAUUGUCAGCAAACCUUUAUAAUGUUUGCUCUUGUCUGGGGUGAAAAAGUUCUUCCAAAAAAUGCUGAAGAAAAACCCCAAAAAACAACAAAGAAGAAAACCAAAAUGCCUUUGUUGAGAAAUAACUGAAAAAAGGAAUGGAAAGUGGAGCCUAAACUAAAAUCUAUGAAAGGCUUGAGACGUGUGGAAGAACCAUUGGACUGAGAAACAUGAAGGUACUGAAACCAGGAAAUGUGUGGCUGUGGCGAGUGAAGCUUCAAAUAAAGAAUGGAUGAUGAGUGCUCUUACUGACAUUUAGAUGUUUGCCUGUUUAACAGAGGUGCAGAAAAGGCAGCUCUUGAGCAACUUUUUGUUUCCAUGGUGUUGUUCAAUGGAAAGGAGCCUUCAGCUCAUUUGAGCAGUCCAGUCCAGCUCCAUUUAUUGUGUUGUAGGCCUCAGUAGUCUGAGCCCAGGUUAUUUUGUGUCCAGAAGGAGUUUACCAUUUAAAGAAAAAAUCCAACCAACUUAAAAGUUGUGCUUGAUGACAAAUGAACUAUUGAUAAAUGUGCUAGUGAGAUAGUUGUGCUAAAGCCUGCAAAUCAAAACUGUUUGUUUAUCUUAAUGGAGUUAGCAUCUUUUGGAAAAUGUAGGUAAGUGAAUUUUCUCUUUGAGAUGUAGCUAACAGUAGAAUAAGCUCAUCUUUUUAUUGUUUGAACAAAUCCAUGUGAAUGGUGGCUGUUUUUGUGAUAUCAUCUGUUUCUUCUGAUUGCAAGACCAUGGGAACUGUUUUCUUAAUGAAAUGAGAAAAUUGUCUGUGCUAGGACUUGAACUUUCCAGUAAGUAAUUCAUAAGUAGUUAUGGUGUAAUUAGAUACUGUAGUAAGUAUGACUUUCGUAUUAUCUUAGAAGUUCUCGUUGUUAUGGAACUCCUUCAUAUACUGUGGGUCCCACAAGGUAAAGAGGUAAGCUCUGGGAAUUGUGUAUCUGUAAAGCUCAAGUAUGGACAGUCACCUUUGUCUAGGAAUGCACAUUUCUAACCCAGCAAUUCUUUUUCUGUUCC